AUGGUUUUGGCUAAUUUAAUUUAAUCUAUGGGAGAAAUUGAAGUUGUUAAUAGUAAAUAAUUUAUUGUGCUCAAUCCAAAAAUAAUUUAAAAAUUGUUAUUAGCUGUUGAUGAAUGUAUAGAAUGGGGAUUAAUCUUUAUUCUAGAUUAUUUGGCUACAUAUGAUCCAGUUGAUUCUAAAUAAGCUGAAAUUAUUAUUGAAAGGACUUUGCCAAGAUUGAGUCAUAUUAAUCCUACUGUAACAUUUUGUAUUGUUAAACUUAUUCUUAAAUAUUUAGAUUUUCUUGAUAAUGGAGAUUUAGUUAAAAAUUUUUGCAAAAAGAUUUCACCUUCACUUAUAUCUUUAGUAUCUUGGAAUUAACCUGAAAUUUAGUAUACUAUUCUUAGAAACAUAUCAUUAAUUUUGUAGAAAAUUCCUAUUCUAUUUGAAAAUGAAUUCAAUGUCUUUUUUGUUCUUUCAAUUAACCUUACUACAUUAAAUAUGAAAAGUUAGAUAUUAUCGUAAGAAUUUGUGAUUCUAAAAAUUUUCCUUAAGUUCUCAAUGAAGUAAUGA